GCAGACAACUGGGCCUCUUGACUGCUGACACUGUUCCUAUUGCAGUGAAUGGCUCGUAUUUUGGGCAAGGUAGGGGGUCAACUUGGCUUGGUGGCUUGGAGUGUAUUGGGACUGAAGGAACCAUACUGGACUGCCUGACAGUUGAUCAGCAGAGAAACGUGUGGCGACCUCUGCAGUGCAGUUCUCGAGCGAGCGUAGUCUGUCUAG